GCGGCUGUGUUGACGUCAGCACUCUCUUCCCUGCCUUUACCAGUCGCUAAGGGCAGCGUUCGGGUUUCUCUGUGAAGAUUAUCGUCAUCCAUCCGCCGAAAUGGUGAACUUCACAGUAGACCAGAUCCGUGAGAUCAUGGACAAGAAGUCCAACAUCCGUAACAUGUCUGUGAUUGCCCACGUGGACCAUGGCAAGUCCACGCUGACCGACUCACUCGUCUCCAAGGCUGGCAUCAUCGCCGGGUCUCGCGCCGGAGAGACCCGCUUCACCGACACCAGGAAGGACGAGCAGGAGCGCUGCAUCACCAUCAAAUCCACUGCUAUCUCCUUGUUCUACGAGCUGUCUGAGAAGGACUUGGCCUUCAUCAAGCAGUGCAAGGAUGGCUCUGGCUUCCUCAUCAACCUGAUCGACUCCCCCGGGCACGUGGACUUCUCCUCUGAGGUGACGGCUGCCCUGCGUGUCACUGACGGGGCCCUGGUCGUGGUGGACUGCGUGUCCGGUGUGUGCGUACAGACUGAGACAGUGCUGCGACAGGCCAUCGCCGAGCGCAUCAAGCCAGUUCUGAUGAUGAACAAGAUGGACCGGGCCCUGCUGGAGCUGCAGCUGGAACCCGAAUCCCUGUACCAGACCUUCCAGCGCAUUGUGGAGAACGUCAAUGUCAUCAUCUCCACCUACGGAGAGGAUGAGGGCGGGCCCAUGGGCAACAUCAUGAUCGACCCGGUCGUUGGUACCGUGGGUUUUGGCUCCGGGCUUCACGGCUGGGCCUUCACCCUCAAGCAGUUUGCUGAGAUGUACGUGUCCAAGUUUGCUGCCAAGGGAGAUGCCCAGCUCAACGCGACCGACCGGGCCAAGAAAGUGGAAGACAUGAUGAAGAAGCUGUGGGGAGAGAGGUUCUUCGACCCGUCCAACGGCAAGUUCAGUAAGUCUGCCACCAACGCAGAAGGCAAGAAGCUGCCCAGGACCUUCUCCCAGCUGGUGCUGGACCCCAUCUUCAAGGUGUUUGAUGCCAUCAUGAACUUCAAGAAGGACGAGACCGCCAAGCUGAUUGAGAAGCUGGACAUCAAGCUGGACAGUGACGACAAGGAGAAGGAAGGCAAGCCCCUGCUGAAGGCAGUGAUGAGGCGCUGGCUGCCUGCUGGCGAGGCGCUGCUUCAGAUGAUCACCAUUCACCUGCCCUCCCCUGUGACGGCUCAGAAGUACCGCUGCGAGCUGCUGUACGAGGGACCCGGCGACGAUGAGGCUGCCAUGGGUAUCAAGAACUGCGACUCCAAGGGCCCCCUGAUGAUGUACAUCUCCAAGAUGGUGCCCACCUCCGACAAGGGCCGCUUCUACGCUUUCGGCAGAGUGUUCUCUGGCACAGUGUCCACCGGUCUGAAGGUCAGGAUCAUGGGACCCAACUACGUGCCUGGCAAGAAGGAUGACCUGUACAUCAAACCCAUCCAGAGGACCAUUCUGAUGAUGGGGCGCUAUGUGGAGCCCAUCGAGGACGUACCCUGCGGGAACAUCGUGGGUCUGGUGGGCGUGGACCAGUACUUGGUAAAGACCGGUACCAUCACCACCUUCGAGCACGCCCACAACCUGCGUGUCAUGAAGUUCAGUGUGAGCCCUGUGGUGCGUGUGGCCGUGGAGGCAAAGAACCCGGCCGACCUGCCCAAGCUGGUGGAGGGGCUGAAGAGGCUGGCCAAGUCAGACCCCAUGGUGCAGUGCAUCAUUGAGGAGUCUGGGGAGCACAUCAUCGCCGGAGCCGGGGAGCUGCACUUGGAGAUCUGCCUGAAGGACCUGGAGGAGGACCACGCCUGCAUCCCGAUCAAGAAAUCUGACCCAGUUGUCUCAUACAGAGAGACUGUGAGCGAGGCUUCUGACCAGAUGUGCCUGUCCAAAUCCCCCAACAAGCACAACCGCCUGUACAUGAAGGCCCGCCCCUUCCAGGACGGGCUGGCCGAGGACAUCGAGAAGGGGGAAGUGACUGCUCGGCAGGAGCUGAAGGCCCGCGCCCGCUACCUCACCGAGAAGUACGAGUGGGACGUGACGGAGGCCCGCAAGAUCUGGUGCUUCGGCCCAGACGGAACCGGCCCCAACCUGCUAGUGGACGUGACCAAGGGGGUGCAGUACCUGAACGAGAUCAAGGACAGCGUGGUGGCUGGAUUCCAGUGGGCAUCCAAGGAGGGCGCUCUGUGUGAAGAGAACAUGCGUGCCGUGCGCUUCGAUAUCCACGACGUGACCUUGCACACGGACGCCAUUCACCGUGGGGGCGGACAGAUCAUCCCCACAGCCAGGAGAGUCCUGUACGCCUGCCAGCUCACCGCCCAGCCCAGGCUCAUGGAGCCGGUCUACAUGGUGGAGAUCCAGUGCCCAGAGCAGGUGGUGGGAGGGAUCUACGGAGUGCUGAACAGGAAGCGUGGCCAUGUGUUUGAAGAGUCCCAGGUGGCUGGUACCCCCAUGUUCAUCGUCAAGGCUUUCCUGCCCGUCAACGAGUCCUUCGGUUUCACCGCUGACCUGCGCUCCAACACCGGCGGCCAGGCCUUCCCUCAGUGUGUGUUUGACCACUGGCAGAUCCUGCCUGGAGACCCCGGGGACAGCUCCACCAAGCCUUUCCUGGUCGUGGCAGAGACCCGCAAGCGCAAGGGGCUGAAGGAGGGCAUCCCGGCCCUGGACAACUACCUGGACAAACUGUAAACUGACCACGCUGCUGCCAUGAGAGAGACAGAGACCAACUACCCCUGAAGGACUAUUUGCAGAUCUGAAAAAUAUUAAUAAUUAAUCUUAAAGAGGAACAACUUGCCAAAACACGCAAAGAGAAAAUAACAAUAAAUAAAAAAAUGAGAAACUGUACCUGUCAUUUUGACUUUAUUUUGGGUUGAGGUACAGGGAGGGAGAGGUGCAUUGCUGCAGUGUAAUGGCAACAAAUCUGUGUAUGUCACAACUCCCUCGCGGUUUGGGUUCAGUUUGUUUCUUGACGAGAGGUUUGUUUUGCUCCAUUCUAGUGGUUCUCACCUCCUUCACACUAACAACUGCUCUAGUGACCCCACUUUGCCUUCUCCUCUAGCAGCAGCAGCAGCAGUACUGUGUCCAGGGAGAAGGGAAGGAGGCUUUGGGGAUUGCUGCUGCUUGUAAAACAAGCUGUGUUGUAUCUUUAAGCCACCUGCAGAGGGCAGUAUAUUGCAAGGAUACAUGGGAUCAGACAUCAUUCACUGGGGGAAAUAAUGACCAAUAAACUUAACAUGAUGACUAUA